GCCAACGACGAACUACUCGCAGCUAGACGAACACAAUCAUAAUCACGUUUCAAGACACAACUGUCUGUUAUCACUGAAAAUGGCUAAACGAUUACAUCGUAAUCGACUAACACAAGCUCUUGUCGAUCUAAAUGUGCUGUGCAAAUCUGUGUUAUAUGUGGUGUAAGUGCGCAGUGUUUUAAAAAUGUCAUCUACGUCCUCCAUCGCUGGUAGGAAAUUGGUUCUUAGCACACUUCUUGAGACUGAUCACUACGAAAGCUUAAUAAAGGAACUGACCUGCACAAAAUGUAAUAAAUAUAUGAAAACUCCAAUAUAUCUGUGCGUGGAUGGACAUAGUAUAUGUGGGCCUUGCUACGAGAAGAGCUACCAAUGUCAUAUAUGCCAAAAAGAGUUUGCACUGAUCCGACCAAUGGUGCUGGAGUCUCUUGCCAAUAAAGUGCUAUUUCCUUGCACCAACGUCGGAUGUCCGAAGCACGCCACCAUUUCACAGCUAGAGAAGCACGGGCCAAGUUGCCAAUAUCGGAUUAUCGACUGUUUUAUGGCUAGAGUUUAUGGUGAGUGCACGUGGAAGGGUCGAGCCGGUGAAUGGAUGGACCAUUGCUUCGCGGAUCAUAAACAGAAAGUGACAGAACUUCCCUUUAUCACUGUCAAAGAUAAAUGGGACGCAAAGAGGACAGAACCGGUUCUUAACUAUUUCCUGCUAAAAUGCUUUGAUAGGAUUUUCAAUGUUUAUCAGAUCUAUGAUAAGAGAGGAGGAAGGAUGAUGUGGACCGUCCUAGUGAACGACGACCAAGCCGAGAAGUUUUACUACGAAGUGGACAUAUUUUUACCAAAUUUAUUGUGCAAAAAGAUUGUCUAUAGGCGUCCAUGCAAGUGUGAGAAGGAUGCUGACUUUUUGGAGCACACACAAAAUGUUUACAUUCCGGUUGAGAAUAUUUUCUCUAUGCUCGAUGAAAACGAAUCAGUUAAUUUUACGGUUAGAAUCGGCGAGGUUGAAAAUUUGUCUCUUCUGGACACACCUAGAACAAGUGAAAGUCUCAUAUUCCUCAACAACGAAGAACACAAAGAGAAUUAAAUAACAAACACACGAUAUGUUUCAUUAUAAAUAUUAUAUUUAACAACAAUAUUUACCAAAUUUCUAAGGAACUUAAAUCGCUUCCAACCAAUUGGCAACAUUUUUAAAUAGGUAUUUUUCUAUACACGGGAAUGAAUGUUUGAGUAGUUUUAAAAAAUAGUUACGAUAUUUGUAGUAAAUAAUAAGUUUUUUUUUUUGUAAUAAGAUACAAAAGACGAUGGGAGCACUUUAGAUUUGUAUUCGGAGUCAAUUUGUGCAUCUUCCUUAAA